CGAUGCAGACUUUUGGAGGAGGGAGCCGAACCGUUCAAACUGAAUAGGCCCACUAGAGCCAUAUGUGUGAGUGUGAGGCAUUCAUGAAACUUUUUUGCGACUCUUUUUUGUAUGGAGAGUAGAGAUUCUGAUGAGUUUCAAGUGUUCAACUUUUUCUUUCCUCUGUCGAGGAAGAAGAAGAACCAAGGAACCAAAGUUACCAAACAAACAACAGUUACACUUCCUCUCUUCUUCUUUUUUCUCUGUUUCAUGGCUUGUUUGAACGAUGAGCACCGGGGUAUGCUCUCCAAUAUGCUCUCUAGACGUCUUUCUAUCAAAGAAGAACAAAAACAGGAAGAUGUCUUUGUUAAAUUCCCUUUCGAGAAGGUCUUUCCUGUUUGUGCAAUGGGGUUAUCCAGCACCGAAUCCGACCCGAUUUUAAACUUCCCCUGUUCUGGUGCUGACCCGAUGUGGGAUGCUGUUCGACAAGAAGCCAAGUUGGAGGCAGAGAGAGAACCAAUUUUAAGUAGCUUCUUGUAUGCCAGUAUUUUGUCGCAUGAUUGUUUAGAGCAAGCUUUGGGGUUUGUUUUGGCCAACCAACUGCAAAAUCCUACACUCUUAGCAACUCAACUUAUGGAUAUAUUUUCUAAUGUAAUGAUGCAUGAUAAAGAUAUUCAACGUUCCAUUCGGUUAGAUGCACAGGCAUUUAAGGACAGAGACCCUGCUUGUUUGUCAUAUAACUCAGCUCUUUUGUAUCUCAAGGGUUACCAUGCUCUACAAUCAUAUCGAGUAGCACAUGUGUUAUGGAAGCAAGGACGUAAAGUGUUAGCAUUUGCAUUGCAAAGCCGAAUUAGUGAGGUAUUUGGAAUUGAUAUACAUCCAGCUGCAAGAAUCGGAGAAGGAAUAUCAUUGGAUCAUGGGAAUGGUGUUGUUAUUGGUGAAACUGCUGUUGUAGGAAACCGAGUUUCUUUGAUGCAUGGUGUGACUCUAGGAGGGACUGGGAAAGAAAUUGGUGAUCGCCAUCCAAAAGUAGGUGAAGGUGCACUGAUUGGAGCCUGUGUGAAUAUACUUGGGAAUAUAAAAAUAGGUGAUGGGGCAAUGAUUGCUGCCGGUUCCCUUGUUUUGAAGGAAGUUCCUCCGCAUAGCAUGGUGGCAGGAACGCCAGCAACGGUGUUAGGAUAUGUAGAUGAGCAACACCCAUCUCUGACAAUGAAUCACAAUACCACCAAAAUAUUUUUCGAAAAUGUGGCUGUCACUUUUACAAAGGCAAGGUCCACCGCUAAGUGUGGAUUGAUACGCUGACGAAUGAAGAAAUUUUCGUAUCUCUAAUCAUAUUAUACCCCGUUUACAACAUUUUCAGGACCUUCAGAUACUGAAAAUAAGGCAAGUGAGGGAUAUGAAAAGGCAAGGGCAUAGGCAGAGGUCUACAUUGUCGAUGAAGUUAGCUUUAUAGAUUAAUCAGCAGAAUAGAGUUGGUAUUUGCAGCAGCAUGUUUCAUAACAGGACAUUGAAGAAAUAAUGUUAUUGUAGUUUAUAUAGCUCAUCUCAUAUCAAUAGUUCCUUGUACUUGUUUGCGGUAUUUGUUAGAAAUGACAUCUUUUAAUCA